ACUGCGUAUACACACUUGCAAAAUGGCAUGCUUAAGGAUAGCACUUGCCGUGUCUACGCUGGUUACUGCAGGGGUUACACUGGCUAUGCAAAUAACUUUGGAAGGCCAGGAGACACGUUGCUUUAUUGCUGGAGCCAACAACCGCGAAAAGAUUACUGGUUCCGUCGAGUCUUUACCAGAGGAGAAUGCCGCGCGUCCGUUGCUCUAUAAGGUUGCAGGACCAACUUCGGAGCCUGUAGGCCUCCCCCUUUACAUUGUAACCAACAACCAAUUUGAGCACAUAGUGGAGGAAACUGGCCACUAUGCCUUUUGCAUUACCAACACUUCUACCAAGUCGAAUACGUUUUUAUUUAACUAUCGUGUUGAGACUGGCUUUAACAAAGAUCUGUCAUCAUUAUCUACCAUUGAAGACGCCAAUAGCGUAUUGAAAUUUGCAGAGCAGUUGUUGGAGAAUACUCACAUCAUUGUGGAUCGCACAGAGACUUACAGUUCUCGAGAGGCCUUAUAUUCGGAGAUAUUGGAUUAUAUGAACACUCGCAUCAUCCGUUGGUCAACUUGUCAGAUGAUUUUUUUGAUCUGCAUCUGCUUCUUUCAGAUAUAUUACAUUAGCUCAUUCUUUGAGGUAAAGAGCUUUGUGUGAUGAUCGGGUAAGCAUACUAAUCCUUACUUUGAUUACGUUUUAACGUAUUAGAUGAGGUAUAAUCUGGUCGUUUCAUCGGUUG